AUGUCUGGAGACCUGGAAAUCGUCAAUCUCCUGUUGCCACACUACGACUUCGUUUCCAGGACGGUCGAACUUGAAAUAGUGUUGUCUGAGGUCUUCAACAAUGGCAAGGAAGUCCUGGCUUCAUUUUUUGAUGCCAGUGGAUUCAUGAUAUUGGCGAAUGCAGAACUCAUGGCAGUCGCACUCAACUUUCGAUCCGGUAGGGAGAUUGUCGAACUACUCAUGGAGCGAGGUAUGCUAGAUGGACCCAAGCGCCAGGUGUUGCUGCGCUCUGCGGCCAAAAAAGAUAAUUGGAAGGUAAUGGCUGAACUACUGGAACCAUGGGAUACGACAGCCCCUGGGGAGUUGUGGAUUUCGGCCAUAAGAUCCUACGAUACUAUGAAUGUAUUGUUAAAUGAAAGAGGUGCCGAGCUUCGGGAUCCGACAAGCUUACUGAAGUUUGCCAUUGAUCAUGUGAGAGAUGUGGAUGAAAGUCGUCCCUGGCAGGUCGACGAUAACUUCUCCGUGAUCACACUGCUACUGCGUCGCAAAGGCUUGGAAAUCCACUUGACGCAAGACAUUAUGAAGACGGCCAUAGAGCAGAAUGUGAUCGAGCUUGUGAUAGGUGAGGAAGGCGUCACAGCACAUAUCACAGAGGAACUGUUAGAAUUUGCCGCAAGUGCAGGAAACGACAAACAAUUUGAGUUACUACUGUUCCGGCUAGGAACGCAGAGGAUCAAACUGGACGGGAAUGUCCUGAAAUCAAUACUGUGCAAAGGAUGGCUUGCACGUUCAGUUCUGGGGACGCGAAAAUCCGAAGUACAAAUCACGGAGGAGCCUUUGAUAGCCGCCCUAUCAGAAAUUGACAGUCAUGAGGCGGAAGAGGUAAUGGAAUAUCUCUUGAAAACCGAGGAGGUCAAGAUUCCACUCACUGCGACUGUAUUGGAGACAGUUUUGUCAACAACGUCGACUCAAAUGGUAUGGGAAAGUCUGAUAGACCGAUUUGAAACCGGUGUUCGUAUCACCGAAGCGAUGUUGAAAGCAGCCUUUGGGAGAUUUCACAACGGCCAGAUGAGAAUGGAAUGGCUACUUGACAAAUGCCGAUAUAGGGUCGAAGUCACCGAGAACGUGCUCGAGAUGGCUGCGAAGCAUGGGAAUGUGAAAGUUGUGAAACACAUCCUGGACCGAGCAGGCCCAACGGUCGUUGUCACCGAGUCAACCUUGAUUGCCGCCUUCGGCAACACAUCGGAAGACCAAUACUUGGUACAGAUGUUGUUGAAACAUUUGAGGCCAGGCCGGAUGACACACAAAGUAAGGCAAGCAGCGGUGUGUUUUGGCCGGAGAGGGAAUCUCAUGUUCCUGGAAAAGGCUGGCAUCGUUGAAUGUUCCUCCUCAGCAUGGAUUCCGACAUGCCAGCUGUGGCAAGGGGUACGAAACAGAAACGUCAAAAUGGUUCGCGAGGCGCUGGCCACUGGUGCUGAUCCAAACUACAGAGACCUCGACAACAUCUCUCCCUUGGAGUUCAGUGAUCAGAGACACAACUGCGAGAUUGUUUCCCUCUUGUUAGACACCAGGAAUGUAGAUCCAAGGUAA